UUAGCUUGUGGUUCGCUGUGGAGCCGCUGUGGGUGUUGACAUGUCAGUGUCACUUGGUCAGCUGAUUGCGGGUCUUAAAGCUUCUCGGCUAGUCCUGCUAGCACAGCUUAGUUAGCCUAGCCUAGCUGGCUGUUUGUGUUUUUGUUAACCCUUACUACAUUUAACGCUCUUAACGUUUAAAACCUGAGUAAUUUAACGUAUUUUAAACUAAUCUACCGUCGUGUUUUCCGCCCUGAAGUCCCCGUCAGUGAGUGAGUAGUUGCCGUGGCAGCAGGGAGUGAAGGGUGAAGCUGCUCUCUCCGUGUUUCUAUCUAUCUGCAUUGCAGCUCCGGUUGCUGCUGAUGGAAUUCAAACACACAACAAUGGCGACUCACAGCCCUAACAACUCAACAACAUCGAGCAGCCACAACAGCAGCAGCAGCAGCAGCAGCAGCAACAACGCAGGAUCUGCACCACACCUCCACCACCAGACCCAGACUCAGCACAUCACUACGAUGAGCAGCAUGCAGGAGUCCAACACCUGCUGGAGAUGUCAGAGUGAAACAGGGUUUCAGAUAAACCUGUCUGGAGCUCCCCCAAGUAAACGCAAAGCUCUGAAGCUGAACUUUGCCAACCCUCCGAUCAAACCCACGACUAGAUUCACACUGAACACGGCCGGGCCGCCCUUUCAAAACCCGCACAUAGAGAGGCUGCGAACACACAGUAUUGAGUCAUCAGGGAAGUUGAAGAUCUCCCCGGAGCAGCACUGGGACUUCACCGCCGAGGAUCUCAAGGAUCUGGGCGAGAUCGGCCGAGGGGCCUACGGCUCCGUCAACAAGAUGGUGCACAAGCCGAGUAACCAGAUCAUGGCGGUCAAGAGAAUUCGGUCAACGGUUGAUGAGAAGGAGCAGAAGCAGCUGCUGAUGGACCUGGACGUGGUCAUGAGGAGUAGUGACUGUCCUUACAUCGUGCAGUUUUAUGGUGCUCUGUUCAGAGAGGGCGACUGUUGGAUUUGUAUGGAACUUAUGGCUACCUCGUUAGACAAAUUUUACAAAUUUGUAUACUGCUCAUUAGACGACGUGAUUCCAGAGGAAAUAUUAGGGAAAAUAACAUUAGCUACUGUGAAGGCACUUAACCACUUAAAAGAAAACUUGAAAAUAAUACACAGAGACAUUAAGCCGUCAAACAUCCUCCUGGACAGGAACGGCAACAUAAAGCUGUGUGACUUUGGCAUCAGCGGUCAGCUGGUGGACUCCAUCGCCAAAACCAGAGAUGCCGGCUGCAGACCGUACAUGGCACCAGAGCGAAUAGACCCCAGCGCGUCCAGGCAAGGCUACGACGUCCGCUCAGACGUCUGGAGUUUGGGGAUCACACUGUAUGAGCUGGCCACUGGGAGGUUCCCUUACCCAAAGUGGAACAGUGUGUUUGACCAGUUGACCCAGGUGGUGAGAGGAGACCCGCCGCAGCUCAGCAACUCGGAGGAGAGGCGCUUCUCUCCCAAAUUCAUCUCCUUUGUCAACGUGUGCCUUACAAAGGACGAGUCCAAAAGGCCAAAGUACAAAGAGCUACUGAAAGAUCCGUUCAUUCAGAUGUACGAGGAGCGCUCAGUCGAUGUCGCUAGUUACGUGUGCAGGCUCAUGGAUCAGAUGCCGGCGUCUCCCAGCUCACCGAUGUAUAUGGACUGAUAGCGGGACAAGACAGGAAUACAUCCAUUAAAUAUACACCAGUCUGCAACAAUAAAUGCAUAAAGAAAAAAAAAGACAACAAAGUAAACAAAAGAAAUCCUUGUGUAAAUUUGCUUGGUCCCCUUAUUGCAGUGUUAAAAAAAAGAGAAUUGUAAAGCCUAAAAAGAAAAAAAAAACACCAUCUGCAAUAAAAGUGGUGUUCAUUUCAGUCAUGUCUGUAUAAUAUAUCAACACUUCUGUUUCUCUCUUGUUCACAAAACACACACACACACAGACGCACGACGUCAUGUAAGUAUAAUAGCAGCUGAAGCAAUCAAAUCAUAUGGUCUUGACUCAUCUUAAUGAGGACACAUCUCAGUGGUUAGUUCAGUGAUUUAAGAAAAAAAAAUAAAAAUAACUUGUAUUUAUAGAACCAAAAUCAUGUGGAGUAUUUGAUUUGGAGAUUCUUCAACAUACUGGAAUCAUGCUCUUUGUGAAUUGUCCCACCUCUUCCAUGUACGUAACUGAAAGCAUUGUGUUUGGUAUCUUAAUGGAACUUUGCUUCUCUGGGUAUAAAGCCGUUAAAACGUGUCGGUGGUCAGAAUCAUGUUAGACCUGCAGUCCAGUCUGAGUGGCUGCUGUCCUCACUGUGCAGUGGACUAUAUGCUGAUAUACGAAUAAAGAGGGAGAAAGGAAA